AUGCCCAAGGCCACCAGCUCGCGCGCCGCCGCGGCCCGCCGCCACAACCCUUUGGCGGAAGAUAUUACGUCCGCGGGGCAAGUCCGGACCCAGUCUAACAAGAAGGGCAAGAGUCGAUCGCAGAAUGAUGAGGAGGAGGGCGAGAAUGGACAACGCUUUAUCGAUGCUAAGAUGUCCCGCAAGAUCUUGCAGAUUGGUCAGGAAUUGGCGGACGAGGAUGAGGCCGAGACGAAGCGUGCCAUGGGUGCGGGCGAGACUAUGCCUAACCCUGCCUUUGAUUUCGAUGCCCGACUUGACGAGCAGGACGAGGCUCUUUCCGAUGAUGAGAAUGUCAAUUAUGAGAAUGAUGAGUGGCUUGAUGAGGAUGUGCAGAACGCUGAGGUUGACCCCAAUGAUCUCGACUUGUUCAACAAGUUCAUGCCAGGCGACCAUGAAGACGACCCCAUCUUUCACCCCCGAGACCCCAGUGCUGCUGGCGAGACUACCAACCUUGCCGAUUUGAUUCUGGAGAAGAUUGCCGAGCACGAAGCUAGACAGGCCGGAAUCGAGACUGGCGGCCCCAAGAUCCAAGGUGGUGGUCUGGCUGAGGAUGCUGUUCAGAUCCCGGCCAAGGCCGUGGAAGUUUACGAGAAGGUCGGCAUGAUUCUCUCUCGCUACAAGUCCGGACCCCUCCCCAAGCCAUUCAAGAUUCUCCCCUCCGUGCCAAACUGGCCGACUCUUCUCGAUAUCACCCACCCCGAGAACUGGACCGGCAACGCCAUCUACGCCGGAACCCGCAUCUUCAUCUCUUCCAAGCCCCACGUGGCGCAAGAGUUCAUUUCCACCGUCCUCCUGGAGCGAGUCCGCGAAGAGAUCCACGAGACCAAGAAACUGAACGUCCACACCUACAACGCCCUGCGCAAGGCCCUCUACAAGCCCGCCUGUUUCUUCAAGGGUCUGCUCUUCCCCCUCGUCCAGAGCGGCACCUGCUCCCUCCGCGAAGCCCACAUCGUCUCCUCCGUCAUUGCACGUGUCUCCAUUCCCGUCCUGCACUCCGCCGCGGCCCUUCUCCGCAUGUGCGACCUGGCCGCCGAACAAUCCAUGCGCUCCCUGGAAGCCACCGGUGCCGUGAACACCUUCAUCCGAGUCUUCCUGGAGAAGAAGUACGCUCUCCCAUACAAGGUCAUCGACGCCCUGGUCUUCCACUUCAUGCGUUUCCGCACCGACAACGACACCAGCAUGGGCGAUGGUCCCGGCAGCGCCAAGGCCUACAAGCUCCCCGUCCUGUGGCACCAGUCUCUGCUGGUCUUUGCCCAGCGUUACCGCAACGAUAUCACCGAGGAUCAGCGUGAGGCUUUGCUGGAUCUGCUUCUGGUCCGCGGACACAAGGAUAUUGGCCCCGAGGUCCGUCGUGAAUUGCUCGCGGGUCGUGGUCGUGGUGUUGUCAUGCCUGAUCCUGAGGCGCAGAAUGCUAUCGACGCUGGUGAUGAUACGAUGGAUGUGACUAUGUAA